AUGAACGUGUCUGCGAUUCUGUACCUGAUGAACUACGAAAAAUAUGGUCGGAGUACAGCAUCGGCUCAGUAUUUUCUGCAGCUGGCCGGAUACUUGGGAAUACCAGUAAUAGCAUGGAAUGCCGACAACUCGGGACUUGAACGGAGAGCUUCAAGGUCCAGUCUACAACUUCAAUUGGCACCGUCGCUAGAACAUCAGACAGCUGCUAUGUUGAGUAUAUUGGAAAGGUAUAAGUGGCAUCAGUUUUCGGUUGUAACAUCACAAAUAGCUGGACAUGACGAUUUCAUACAAGCAGUCAGAGAACGAGUUGCAGAUAUGCAAGAUAGAUUUAAAUUUACAAUACUGAGUUCGGUGUUGGUCACCAAAAACUCAGACUUACAACAGUUGGUGGCUUCAGAAUCACGAGUAAUGUUACUGUACUGCACGAGGGAAGAAGCACUUAGAAUAUUACAGGCAGCAAGAGGUUUCAAAAUCACAGGUGAAAAUUACGUAUGGGUAGUAACUCAGAGUGUGAUGGAGAAUUUACAGGCACCACAAUUGUUCCCCGUCGGAAUGUUGGGAGUGCACUUUGAUACGAGCAGUGAUAGUUUGGUAAAAGAAAUCACUACAGCCAUAAGAGUAUUUGCACAUGGUGUAGAAGAUUUUGUCAACGACCCCAUAAAUAUGAACGAAAGUCUUACAACACAAUUGUCUUGUGAGGGUGAAGGUGAAUCACGUUGGGUGACCGGUGAAAAAUUUUACAAAUAUUUAAGAAAUGUUAGUGUCGAACAUACAGAACCAGCCAAACCGAAAGUUGAGUUCACUGCUGAUGGUGUUCUAAAAUCCGCAGAAUUGAAAAUCAUGAAUUUAAGACCUGGAGUAGGAAAUUCACUUGUUUGGGAAGAGAUUGGAGUUUGGAAAUCUUGGGAACGUGAAGGCCUUUAUAUCAAAGAUAUCGUGUGGCCAGGAGAUAGUCACACUCCACCUCAAGGAGUGCCAGAAAAGUUUAAUUUAAGAAUUACAUUUUUAGAAGAAGCUCCUUACAUUACACUUGCACCACCAGAUCCAAUAACUGGAAAAUGUAGCAUGAACAGGGGUGUUUUAUGCCGGAUCGCUCGAGGAAAAGAUACGCAGGGGUUGGACGUCAUUGAAGCCAAACGUAACAGUAGUUACUACCAGUGCUGUUCAGGAUUUUGUAUAGAUUUGUUAGAAAAAUUUGCCGAAGAUUUGGGAUUUACAUACGAACUUGUUAGAGUGGAAGACGGUAAAUGGGGAACACUCGAAAAUGGAAAAUGGAAUGGUUUAAUAUCAGAACUGGUGAACAGAAAAACUGACAUGGUCAUGACUUCAUUAAUGAUAAAUUCAGAUCGAGAAUCAGUAGUCGACUUCAGUCUUCCGUUUAUGGAGACUGGCAUAUCUAUAGCCGUUACCAAGCGAACUGGUAUCAUUUCACCUACAGCAUUUUUGGAACCAUUUGACACUGCGUCGUGGAUGUUGGUAGGAGUGGUAGCAAUACAAGCCGCCACAUUUUCAAUAUUUGCUUUUGAGUGGAUGAGUCCAUCUGGAUUUGAUAUGAAAUCCGUUUCACAAGCUCCAAAUCACCGAUUUUCUCUAUUUAGAACAUACUGGCUUAUAUGGGCAGUUCUAUUUCAAGCGGCAGUACAAGUGGAUAUACCAAAGGGUAUAACGUCCAGGUUUAUGACAAAUAUAUGGGCUAUGUUUGCUGUGGUGUUUUUGGCUAUAUAUACUGCUAAUUUAGCUGCGUUCAUGAUAACUCGGGAAGAAUAUUAUGACUUUAUGGGAAUCGAUGAUUACAGGCUCAGUAAACCACAUAGCCACAAGCCUAUGUUUAAAUUUGGUACAGUGCCACAUUCUCACAUUGAUUCAACUAUUCAUAAAUAUUUUCCAGAGAUGUUUAGUUACAUGAAAAGUUUUAAUAGAACUACAGUACAAGAAGGACUUAGCUCAUUAUUAACUGCAGAACUUGAUGCUUUUAUUUAUGACGGUACAGUACUUGACUAUUUGGUAACACAAGAUGAUGAUUGCCGUUUAUUGACCGUUGGUUCAUGGUAUGCAAAAACCGGUUACGCUAUAGCAUUCCAAAGAAACUCCAAAUAUGUACAAAUGUUCAACAAGCGCCUAUUAGAUUUCCGUGAAAAUGGAGAUCUUGAAAGAUUACAAAGAUUUUGGAUGACCGGUACAUGUAAACCAGAUGAUCACGAUCAAAAUGCUACUAGUGACCCUCUAGCCUUAGAACAGUUCUUGUCAGCAUUUUUAUUGUUGAUGGGUGGUACAUUGUUGGCAGCUCUAAUAUUACUAUUGGAAUGUUUAUACUUCAAUUUCUUCAGAAAAAAGUUAGCAAAAACUGAUCAAGGUGGAUGUUGUGCUCUCAUAAGUUUGAGCAUGGGAAAAUCGUUAACAUUUCGUGGUGCUGUAUUUGAAGCUCAAGACUUUCUAAAGUUCCGUCGUUGCAAGGAUGCUGUUUGUGACUCACAAUACCAGUUGCUCAGAAAUCAGCUGAUGAGCACUUAUUCUAAAAUGAAACAGUUGGAAAAGGAGCUAGAGUUGAGGAAACUCAAGUCUGAAAAAAGGAGGAAGAAAGCGAUGUCACCUUCCGCUAGGCUAUUUCAGUGUAUCGCUGAAAACCACGAUAAAUACCCGGAUAAAAAACAAUAUCAAUUCGCACCAGCAUCGCCACUAAGACAACGUGACCUAGUGAGACCCAGUAUUAUUUCAACAGAAUACACAAAUAGAUAUGAUCAUGAACCAGUCAGAAAUCGCCGAAAUGGAGACAGUUCUGUGAUUUUGUUCGACGUGUAA